CCAGUUAUCGACUUGCAUGACCAUGAGAAGGUGUGGUGGUAUUCAUUCGAUGUCGCGUUGAAAAAGAGGGGCUUGCCUGGAGCAGUAUCCUCGAGCGCGAAAACGCGUCCUGCACUGAAGAGUUCAGCCACGUGGAGUAGAGGAGGAGAUCUACGGACAUAGUGGCCUAGCCACACGGCUACUGCCAGUCCGCCCCUAGUCCGUCCGUAUCUGUGGACGAGUUUCUUGGAGUUGAGGAGGAAGACCGCCGUUGUCCCAAACCUCGCCGCGUUUCAUUUCCUGGUUUGCGAUGGCUUCUAAAGCAGAAGAAGCAAUGGCAUCCGGCGCUGGUAACGACAUGCCUAUGGAAGCAAUCUCCUCUCUGAGUGAGCAGUCCAUCGUUACAGUUACUGGUGCACAGCCUCAGAUCGACAACAAUCAGUUGCCUGGCGCAGCAACAACAACAACAGCAACUGCAAUGAGUAGACCUCCACCGCGGCCGGCAGCACCGGCGGUUAUUCGACAACAACCCGUCUCCGCCGCCUCCGCCCACGACCUGAACACCAGGCGAAUGACGAGUCAAGUGUUCGACUCCACAUUCUUCGACGUUUCGUCCAAGCAGCUUUACGAUGGUAUCUCCCACACGCACAAAACAGGAAGCCAGUUGCACGGGGUAAUGCGGCAGGGUGGCAGUCGACUACUGCAAGCAAUCAACAGCACCACAAACGCAGGACAGAGUAACAUGAGUUAUGAGGAGCUAUUGCAGGGCUUGACGUUUCCUGACGAGCGCUUGCUGAUGAACGACUGGCGUCUGGCGUAUCAACGUGCCGUACUCUACAACGAUGAACCAACACUGUUAGCGACUAAUCCAGCUAGUAAACCAGUGGAGCUGGAGAAAAUGUCACAUGGUAUUGCGCUACUGACCACUCAGCGUCUUCUUCUUCUAUCAUCCGCCAAUGAACAAGCCAUAGCGCUGUCUAAGGGCGUCGACAGCCGUGGCAAGAAUGCUACCUACACCAUGUCAGCAACUCUGUCAGACCACAUCCAGUAUAAGCCCUUGCCGCUCAACAACGUGGCAUCGGUCGAACUGCACGCAGUCACCAGCGCUUCGGCAACCACUUGGUUCUCGUCGGCAAGAAAGUGCUGCUGCUGCUGCGGUGUUUGCUGCAUGCUCGUAUUUUCCUGUUGUACCUGUGGAAAGAAGGAAUGGAGUCAAGGAGCAACUACGGCAGUUAUUGAUACGAACAGUCGAGUGCUGAAGAUUGGUCUUCGCAUUCCUCCCUGGAAUCAUCGGGCAACUUUGCACCUGGAGAUUGAGCCUGCUGUUCCAUUGAGCAGGGCCAAAGACUUCAUUGUGCUCCUGCAGCAACACUCACCGAUCAACAGGCAAGCUGCUGCUACUCACUAUUGACCGGCUAGAAAGCGUCGGUGAGUCGCAGGACCCAUCAUUACACACCCACCCACCCACACACACACCCACACACACACCCACACACCCACACACAUCCUGCUGUGCGGGGAUUCGUUUGCGAGCGCCGGGACUCUUCUUUUGGUGUGUUUCUAAUAACUUACUAUAUUUCUGACCUUUUCUCUUACAUAGUUGUGAAUGUAUUGUGUGCGUGUGAAGAUGCUAUGUACAGUUCAUGUCAGUGCAUAUAGGAAGACAUGUCACAGGAACGGUGAAUAAGCCUGGCCAGCUUGUCACCACCUAGUGCUGUGCGCAUGCCUGUGGAAAUGAGCCACGCAUCAUGCAGCUAAGUUGCAGAAUAGUGCGUGAGCACAAGUACCGUGCAUAGCCAGUUGCGGUUGUAACGCCGGCAGACGUGUGAACUUUGCUUACUACUAGGCUUGCAAGUACCGUAACUGUUGUUUCAUGCACCGGCCUGAGCUGCUUCAAAAUGUUACGCCAUUUUCUGCGCCAGUGCUAGCAUUGAAUCCUACCGGCUGCAGGUGUGUAUCCCUAUGUUGCAAGCAUGCACUGCUGACAGGGGUCAACAGGAGAAUAAGAAUUAUCCAUCAUAUGAAUAUUUCCUCUGUGUUUCAUUCUCUUUUCUUUUUUCUCAGCGAACAUUCACAUGUAUGGCAUGCAUAAAGGGCAAUCUGGUGCAGUGAUUGUCGCAGUGUGUUUCCCAGCAAUUCCAGAUUAUUAUUCUACUGAGUCUUGCAUGGUUCAAUUUUUACUUAGCAACCUGCACCAUGCAUGGUGUUAUGAUCAAAGCUGAAGUUUCCACUGGCUACUGCAGCUGUAUUUAUGAUUGGCGUGUUCUUCUAUGCACUAUGCGCUACCUGGUGUAGCAGCCCGCUAUAUCAUGUCAGAUACCACUA